GCUGUCCCAGUACUUCCUGGUUUUCCCAGCUGGGAGAUGCCGCUCCCCUCUGAACGGACGGAGAACUCAACAGUUUCACGGUGUCAUGUCGGACCAGGACCGGGACCGGGACUACAGAGCGAGCAGGACAUGCUGAGGCGAUGAAUACAUCUCAAUUCCGGAGGUUAGUGAAGUUAGUCGCUGUUUCAACUGUGCUCGUCCUGUCAGCUCAGCUCUUACUGAAACUGAGUAAAGAUCCACCAAAGCCCAGUCCCCUCCCCGUGGAAGAGUCCAGAGUCCUGUCCCCUGAAACAUACCGCUACCUGCUAAACCAGCCUGCAGUAUGCAAGAACAGAAACCCCUUCCUGGUCUUUAUGGUCCCAGUUGCACCUCCUGAGGCUGCAGAAAGGGAAGCCAUCAGAAAAACAUGGGGUGCUCCAGGACAGGACACCCUUACUCUGUUCUUUGUGGGUCUACCUGAGGGGGGUCAGGGGUCAUACACUCAGUGGCAGCUGGAGGAAGAGAGCAGGAAACAUGCAGACAUCAUCCAGAUGAACUUCCAGGACAGCUACCAGAACCUGACCAUCAAGACCGUGAUGGUGAUGAGCUGGCUGGCAGCCUACUGUCCAAACGCCUUGUACGCCAUGAAGGUGGACGCUGACAUCUUUGUGAACGUGUACUACCUCAUCAGCCGGCUGCAGGGUCCUCCCAGGCAGGGCUUCAUCACGGGGUCAGUGAUAAGGGACGGCAAGCCGAGGCGGGACGUCUCCAGUAAAUGGUACGUGUCAGAGGAGCUGUUCCCUGAGGACAGCUUCCCCCCGUAUGUGUCUGGAGCUGGGUAUGUGUUCUCCGCAGACCUGGCUGCUAGGAUCUCCUGGGCGUCCCGGUUUGUUCGGAUGAUCCCUUUGGAGGACGUCUAUGUGGGAUUGUGUCUGCGUGUGCUGGGUGUGAGGCCGGUGUACUCCUUCAGCUUGGUGACCUUCAGGAACCUGUUUGAGAUCAGAAGUCUGGAGUAUGACCGGUGCAGCUUCAACAGACUGGUGAUCGUGAACGGAUUUGAGCCAUCGACCCUGCUGCACGUCUGGCAGGAUUUCUCCAAAGGUCAUAUGAGCUGCAGGAAGAAAAGAUUCACUUUAUGAGAGGGUGAAAGAAAGCUUCAGGUGAUGACAUGAGGAGCCUUCAGUAUGGGAAAGAGAGUCAUUGGAAACACAGCCAUCAGGGUGCGGGUGGAGGGUUUCAGGGUUUCAGGGUGUCAGGGUUUCAGGGUGUUGGGGUUUAGAGGUAUUAACAGACAUGAGAAUCAUGAAACUAUGUUGUAUAAAUCAAGAGUUAUUGUAGUGGCAACUUUUAGUAAAAACCUUCUUGGCCACUUCUGCAGGACGUAAUAUUUCUUUGUAAAACAGGUUUACUAAAAAAUGAAAUUGAUGUCAUUUAAAAUGAAAAAAACUGAGAAUUUAUUGAAAAUAUUGACCAACAAAAAUCACUUCUUUCAUCAGUAAUAACUUCUAUUUCUAAACUAUAAAAAAACAAAAACAAAGCUACAGUUAGAAAUGAUGUUGCUCCUUGUCCUGCUCAGAUUAAAGCCUGAUUUAUACUUCUGCAUCGAAUCGACGACACGGCCUACGCCAGGGGUCCAUGUCCACCUACGCAGAGGCCUACACGUGUAGCUGACGUGCACCUCCUCAAAAAUGUAACUAAAGGCUGAUUUAUACUUCUGCGUCUCC